AUGCUACCCGGCUCGGGGACAGCGCAGGUCCUCAUGGUGAACAACGGCUUCCUCAGCCGUGGAACCCAUGCCGACUGGUACGCGACGACCUCGGAGACUGCCGUCACGCCGCCUGUGAUGUGUUUCGUCAUCCGCAAGGAUGGGCGCAACUACCUCUGGGACCUUGGAAUGCGCUCUGACUUGCACAACGUUGGCCGCACCUGGUCCACCCAGCCUGACGUCCGCCUGUCGCUCCCACGCGACCUCCCACCAGAGUUGGCCCCUGCGGCAGUCUACCUCUCGCACUACCACUGGGACCAUUCGGGUGACCCGCUCACUGUUCCCCCGGACGUGCCGAUCUACGUGGGUCGCGGAACCCUCCAGGCUUUAAAGGCAGGAUUCGACGAGUACGUGGGUGACCAGUCCACCGAGUGCGUUGCUCGAUUAUCCGAGAUGCCCGAGGGCAGUUUGCAAAUCACAAACUUCCCACUCAAGGGCCACGACGUGUUCGGCGAUGGGAGCUUUGUUAUCCUGCCAGCUCCUGGACACUGCCCGGGGCACAGUGUCGCGGUGGUGCGCACGACGACAGGUCCCGACACUUACAUGGUCCUCGGCGGCGACUCGGGCCACCACCGUAGCCUGUACGAGCCAUGUCCCUGCCACGCCCGCGUGAGCACCUUUGGCCGGCGCAAACUCCACGGCGACCCCAAAGCGAGCUUGGAUCAUCUCUCCCGCUUGACUGGCCUCCACGCCCGCGACGACACGUGGGUUGUCCUAGCGCACGAGGCGGAGGUGAUAGCCGCUGGUGUUCCCGAACGACAGUGGCUCAACGACUGGAAAGAACGAGGCUGGAAAGACAAGGCAGCGGCAGUGCGUGCUGGCGAGGUUGCCAAGGGAUGUUGGGUUGACGGGACCGACGGUGCAUAA